AAAAUAUGCACAGUUUAAAAUCAGUGGACCUCAUUCAUUCAUGUCAAAUAGACACCAGUGAUUUAUGUGUGCUAUCAGGAGUGUAACUGACAAUUAGUGAAACACUAGUCUGACAGAAACAACACGCCCGUCUGAGCUGCUGAAAAGCUCAUUCAUUACGAUGAUGUGAAGAACCAUUAACCAUUAAUGGGAACCAUUAUACACCGAAAAGGUUAUUGAGAUGUCUUUAAUAGCCUACUUAUUGAGAUACAGGAGUUCAAACUUCAACUCAAUCACUCAGUCACCUGCCAACAUCUAGACUUCAUGGAUUCAGUUCACAGCUCUUCGAUCCAGUGUUGUGUAGCUGAUCACUGUGAUUGACACGACCAAUGAAAUCUUCAGAAUCUGUGGUGGGCGGAGUUUGUACUUGUGUUAAGAAGGUGAGGAAUAUUCACAUGAUCCUAUACAGGACUGGUGCAGAAGUUGAAGAGGAGAUUGACGACAUGAGUGAUCCAGAACCAUCCAGAAUGAAUCAUGAAGAUACUGAAGAACAAACAGACUGGAUGGAAGUAAAAUAGCAAAGACAUGAGGUGAAUGAAGUGGAGGAGGAACCUUGUAAAAUCAAAACUUCAAGAAAAAAAGUCAAACAGCUUCACGCCUGCUCACAGUGUGGAAAUAAUUUCAGCGAAAAAGGAGGCCUUAAGAAGCACAUGAGAAUCCACACUGGAGAGAAACCAUACACAUGCACUCAGUGUGGAAAGAGUUUCAGAGACAAAAGAAACCUUAAGAAGCACAUGAGAAUCCACACUGGAGAGAAACCAUACACAUGCACUCAGUGUGGAAAGAGUUUUGUUUAUGCAUCAGGUUUCAGUUAUCAUCUGCACAUUCACUCUGGAGAAAAGCCAUUUAACUGUGAUCAGUGUGGUAAAGAUUUUACUUCAUCGUCAAAUCUCAGCAAGCACCUAAGAAUUCAUACAAACGAGAAGCCUCACUUGUGCAGUUUUUGUGGAAAGCGUUUUUCACGACUGGACAAUUAUAAACAGCACCAGAAAAAACACAAUGGAGAGAAACCAUACCACUGCCCUCAGUGUGAGAAGACUUUUGCACAUGGAGAUAGUCUAAAAUAUCAUCUGCGCAUCCACUCUGGAGAAAAACCAUAUAACUGUGAGCAGUGUGGUAAAAAGUUAAUUUCUUUAUCACAUCUAAAGGCACACCUGACAGUUCAUUCAGAUGAGAAGCCUCAUGUGUGUUCUUACUGUGGAAAGAGUUUUUCACUGCUGAGCCAUUGUAGACGGCACCAGAAAACACAUGAUGAAGUGAGAGAUCACAUGUGCUUUGAGUGUGGGAAGAGCUUUACUACGGCUAGUCAACUUAAACGGCACCAAAAAAUUCAUACUGGAGAAAAACCUUACAAAUGCUCAUACUGUGACAAGAGUUUUAGUCGGUCUGAAAACUUGAAAACACAUGAGCGAGUUCAUACUGGAGAAAAACCGUACCACUGCCCUCAGUGUGGAAAGAUUUUUGCACAUACCAAUAGUCUCAAAAAUCAUCUUCUCUGUCACGCUGGAGAAAAGCCAUUUAAUGGCGAUCAGUGCGGUAACAAGUUUAUUUCAUCACAUCUAAAAAAACACCUGAAAUUUAAUUCAGAUGAGAAGCCUCAUGUGUGUUCUUACUGUGGAAAGAGUUUUUCACGACUGGACAAUUGUAAACAGCACCAGAAAACACAUAAUGAAGUGAGAGAUCACAUGUGCUUUGAGUGUUGGAAGAGCUUUACUACGGCUAGUCAACUUAAACGGCACCAAAGAAUUCAUACUGGAGAAAAACCAUACCACUGCCCUCAGUGUGGAAAGAUUUUUGCAGGUACUGAUAGUCGCAAAAAUCACCUUCUCUGUCAUGCUGGAGAAAAGCCAUUUAACUGCGAUCAGUGCGGUAACAAGUUUAUUUCUUCUUUACUUUUAAAAAAACACCAGAAAGUUCAUACAAACGAGAAGCCUCACUUGUGCACUUUUUGUGGAAAGCGUUUUUCACGACUGGAGAGUUACAAACUGCACCAGAAAACACAUGAUGAAGUGAGAGAUCACAUGUGCUUAGAGUGUGGGAAGAGCUUUACUACGGCUAGUCAACUUAAACGGCACCAAAGAAUUCAUACUGGAGAAAAACCUUACAAGUGCUCAUACUGUGACAAGAGUUUUAGUCGGUCUGAAAACUUGAAAACACAUGAGCGAGUUCAUACUGGAGAAAAACCGUACCACUGCCCUCAGUGUGGAAAGAUUUUUGCACAUACCAAUAGUCUCAAAAAUCAUCUUCUCUGUCAUGCUGGAGAAAAGCCAUUUAACUGUGAUCAGUGCGGUAACAAGUUUAUUUCUUCAUCACAUCUAAAAAAACACCUGAAAGUUCAUUCAGAUGAGAAGCCUUAUGUGUGUUCUUACUGUGGAAAGAGUUUUUCACAACUGGAAAAUUGUAAACAGCACCAGAAAACACAUAAUGAAGUGAGAGAUCACAUGUGCUUUGAGUGUUGGAAGAGCUUUACUACGGCUAGUCAACUUAAACGGCACCAAAGAAUUCAUACUGGAGAAAAACCUUACAAGUGCUCAUACUGUGACAAGAGUUUUAGUCGGACUGAACACUUGAAAAGACAUGAGCGAGUUCAUACUGGAGAAAAAACGUACCACUGCCCUCAGUGUUGAAAGAUUUUUUCACAUACCUAUCGUCUCAAAAAUUAUCUUCUUUGUCACGCUGGAGAAAAGCCAUUUAACUGCGAUCAGUGGGGUAACAAGUUUAUUUCUUCAUCACAUCUAAAAAACACCUGAAAGGUUCAUUCAGAUGAGAAGCCUCAUGUGUGUUCUUACUGUGGAAAGUGUUUUUCACUGCUGAAGUACUGUAAUCAGCACCAGAAAAUACACACCGGUGAGAGAGAUCAUGUGUGUUGUGAGUGUGGGAAGAGCUUUACUACAGCUGCCAAAUUAAAAAUGCACUUAAGAAUUCAUACUGGAGAAAAAUCUUAAAAGUGCUCAUAUUGUGACAAAUGUUUCACUGUGUCUGGAAACCUGAAAAUACAUGAGCGAGUUCAUACUGGAGAGAAACUGUACUCUGUGUGAAAAGAGUUGUUCUGUGUCACAGUGAGCAAAAAAAAAAAAAAAAAAGCAAAAAAAAAAAAACAUAAUAGUGAGAUUCAGAUAACGCAAACGUGAAGUUAAAAUAACCUUGUGUUCUGUGACAGUUUUGUGUUGUUUUAUUUUGAAGGUAGCUGCGAAAAACGUUUGUUUGUUCCUCGUGUAAGAGUUCUGUAUAAUAAAAAACCAAAAUGAC